GCACCGGGUGGCUCCGCUGUGCAGUGAGUUGUGUAGCGCUCGCUGCCGCAGCUGGCGGCCGCGGGGCCGCACGGGGGUUGAGAUGGAGCUGGAGCCCGAGCUGCUGCUGCAGGAGGCCCGCGAGAACGUAGUGGCGGCGCAGAGCUACCGGCGGGAGCUGGGCCAGAGGCUGCAGGGCUUGCGGGAGGCGCGGAGGCAGAUUAAAGAGAGUGCAUCACAGACAAGAGAUGUCCUCAAACAGCAUUUUAAUGAUUUAAAGGGAACCCUUGGGAAGCUCCUGGAUGAGCGAUUGGUGACCCUUUUGCAAGAAGUGGACACCAUUGAGCAGGAGACCAUUAAGCCUCUGGAUGACUGCCAGAAGCUCAUAGAGCAUGGAGUUAACACUGCAGAGGACUUAGUCCGAGAAGGUGAGGUUGCCAUUCUUGGUGGUGUAGGAGAACAGAAUGACAAAUUGUGGAGUUUUACCAAAAAGGCCUCUCACAUUCAGUUGGACAGCUUACCAGAAGUGCCUUUAUUGGUUGAUGUGCCUUGUUUAUCUGCUCAGUUGGAUGACUCAGUUCUUAACAUAGUUAAAGAUCACAUUUUUAACCAUGGAACGGUAGCAUCUCGCCCACCCGUUCAGAUAGAAGAACUAAUAGAAAAACCUGGAGGCAUCAUAGUACGAUGGUGUAAGGUUGAUGACGACUUUGCAGCCCAAGAUUACAGGCUCCAGUUCCGUAAAUGUACUUCAAAUCAUUUUGAGGAUGUAUAUGUAGGCUCUGAAACUGAAUUUAUAGUAUUACACAUAGACCCCAAUGUUGAUUAUCAGUUCAGAGUCUGUGCCCGAGGAGAUGGCCGACAGGAGUGGAGUCCUUGGAGUGUCCCCCAGAUAGGUCACUCCACGUUGGUACCUCAUGAAUGGACAGCUGGCUUUGAGGGAUACAGUCUCAGCAGUCGAAGAAAUAUAGCACUCCGGAAUGAUUCUGAAUCGUCAGGUGUUCUCUACUCCAGCGCUCCAACUUAUUUUUGUGGACAGACAUUAACAUUCAGGGCCUUGGCUCUUCCGCUUGGUAUCACCCCAGAUCUUUUCCCUCUGCUCACCUUUCACAUCUCAGGUAAAGUGUCAUUCCCUCAGAGAGGUCUUACGUAUUAGGAAAGGCAACCUCCUAUCUCUACUUAUGCUCUACCACGUUAUCCUAUUUUAUCUGCUUCAUAUCACUCAAGACAUUAUCUUAUAUAUUUAUGUAUGCUUAUUGUUCAUCUCCACUUUUAGAAUGUGAGCUCUCUCAAGUUUAUUUUUUUACUGCUCAUAUGCCUGGAAACCCAGAACUUUGCCAGGCAUAAUGUUAAUAAGGCAUUAAAAAAUGUUGACUAUUAUCAAUUCAAUGUUCUGUAACCAUAAUUAAGGCUUCUGUGCUUUGGCUAAGAUUAUUUUUAAAAUUUGGAAAUUAAGCAGUGUCAUAUUACUGUGACCAUGUAAUUAUUAUUCUCUACUUAAAUAAAAUCCCAAAAUAUGUUCCAAAAAAAUAAAUAAAUAAAUAAUGGAGCUGAGAUUCAAAUCCUGACAGACUAGCUGCCGAGUCGAUACCCUUUCCCAUCAUGCUAUACUUAAUUGAUCAUGUUGAACCUUGUAGGACUCUGCUUUUGCUCUGAGUGAGAGGGGAGGCCUUUGAAAGAACUGAGUAAAUGAAUUACAUGAUCUGGCUUAUGUUUUAAAGGCCACUUUGGCUGUUGUUUGGAAAAUAGCCUUUAAAGAAGUAAGAGUACAGGCAGGGAGACCAUUUAAGAGGCCAUUAUAAUAAUCUUGGUGACGGCUGAUGGUGGCUUAGAACAGGAUAGGGCAGUGGAGGUAAUCAUAAGUGGUCAGAAUCUAGAUAUAUUCUGAGCAUGAAUUGACAGGAUUUCUGACUGAUUGGUUGUGGAAUGUGAAAAAGGAGUUAAAGAUGACCCCAGGAUUUUUGGACUAAGAAACUGGAAGAAUAGAACUGCCGUUUAACAGAGGUACAGUAGGCUGUAGGAGGAGCAGAUUUCUGGGGGAAUAUCAGUUUGUUCUUUGACAAACUAAAUACAAGUUCCUUACUAGACAUAUAAGUGAAGAUGGGGAGUAUGCAGUUGGAUAUGUAAGUCUGGAGUUCACUGGGGAGGACAAAGCUGGAGAUAAUAAUUUGGGAGUUAUCAGAGUAUGGAUAGUGUUCAAAGUAAUAAGCCUGGAUGAGAUCAGCCAGGGAGUAAAUGUAGAUAGAGGGUGUUGGAGGACUCCAAUGUUCAGAGUUUGUGGAGAAAAGAAAGAACCAGCAAAGGAUUCUGAUGGGGAGUAGCAACUGAGGUAAGAGAAAAAGCAGGAGAACAUGUUCUUGAAGCCAAGUGAAGGAAGUAUUUCAAAGAGGAGGUAGUGAUUGAUUGGGUCAAAUGCUGUUGAUAGAUCAGGUAAGAAAAGGACUGAGAAUUUGAGUUUGCAAUGUGGAAUUUCAGUGGAGAAAUGGGGGAGGGGUGAAAGCUUGAUUGGAGCGGGUUCAAAUAAGAAAAUGGGAACUUCUGAAACCAGUAGGUACAUGGUAGCAUUUUAGGUCUGAAUUUUUCCACUUCUAUAAGUCUUAUGGAGUAGUAAGGAGAAUAAGGUUGGGGAGGACCCAUCAGCACUUUUUCAACAAAACUAAGGGGCAGAAAAAUCUCUCAAAUUCCAGAUUAAAUGCUUCCUAAACCACAGCUAGGCAGUAAACCUAUCAAGGAAAUUCUGAUGGUUUUCUGCGGGAAAAAUGAUGAAUGUAGAAGAGCCAAUCUAAGUGUGCUGGUUUGAAUGUAUUAUGUCCCCCAGAAAAAGCCAUAUUCGUUGAUGCAGUCUUGUGGGACAGACGUUUUGGUGCUGAUUAGAUUUGCAUGGAAAUGCGCCUCCUCCAACUGUA